AUGGAAAACUCAGAUUCUGGCGAUGAAGGAGAUGAAUCUGCGGCCCAGCGCAGAAAUCAGACAAACCGAUUAGCUCGGGAUUUUUAUCGGUUUGUAAAUAACCUGAGUGAAGAUGAGUACAAGCUUAUGAAGAGUAACAAUUUGCUAGGCAAUCCAGGCGAAAGUACAGAAGAGGAGUUGCAGAGACGACUUCACCUAGUUAAAGACAAACUACUGGGAAACUCAAAUGAAAAUACAGGUGAAGGAGACUCUCCCGAUGAUGUGUCUAGCAGUGACUCUUUAAUAGACUGGCUCAUCUCUUUUGAACCAACGGAAAAUCAAACUAAAAAUGUGCUAUGUGGGCAAGGAGAACACCAACCUUGGAGAGAAGUGAGCCAGGCUAAUCCACACGGUGAUUUCAGAUUCAGUUCUGGCCGUGCAAGUGCAGAGAAUAAAUACGUACCAUCUACAAGACUUCCCAGAAGAGAAAAUAUGGAAAAUAGCCACAGUCACGUGGAAAACCCACAAGCUGAACCAAGAUUUACAAGACCAUCUAAAUCGGAACAAAGUACACCAAGGCCAUCAAUAAAAGUCACACCUACUAGAGGCCAGAAAAGAACAAGAAGCAGAAGCCCAGACCACAGUAGAACCAGAGCAAGAACUGAAAGUGGGUCACCUCCACGUUCAUUGGGUCCCCUUUCACAAAGAUUCCAUCACAGUGCAUCAUCUCCAACUUUUGAGCAGCCUUUUGUGAGAGAGACUGGGAGAUUUUUUAGAACUCGGCACCAAGAAACAUCGACACAGCGAACAGCUGCACUUGAAUCGCAAAACAGGCAUCUUUUUGCAACAUCUGGGACAAGGAAUGGUGUUCAAGGAGAAUCUUCUCCAGACACAACCGGUGACAGUGAAUCUUGUGGAUUGAGACAGACAUAUCCAAACAUAUGCCUCUGUUCUGCAGUAGGACGAGUUCAUCCUGUAGCAUAUUCUGAGAGAGGCAGCAUAACUAAUAGAACUCAAAUAACAUCUGAGAUACCAAAUAGCACUGCCGCUUUAGACAGUGAACAAGGAGAACUUAGGCAUAUGUUUUCACAUUAUGAACCAGCAGAUAUGAGAGCUUAUGUUAGUACCAUUGGAAUUCCCUUUUGUGGAAUUUUAAGUACAGGUUUAAGUGAUACAAUACCUGGUGCAAUUCAAAGCACGUUAAGGCAGACAGUGAGAGAUUUUAGUGGCUCAAGUAAUCCUAUGGACAGUGAGAGUGAUUUAGAGAGUAUUCAGUCAGCGCCAAGUCCAUACAUGGAAAGGGCAGAGUCACCCUAUGGAAGAGAGAGUUCUCAUGGUAGGAGUUUUAGUUCCAGCUCAAAUUCUAGCUGUGAUUCCUAUUUACAUUCCACAUUGACUUCUAGUUCAAACUCCAGUUACACAUCCAGUUCCAGUUUCAGUCUGAUGUCCAGUUCCAGCUCCAGUCUGAUGUCCAGUUCCAGCUCCAGUCUGAUGUCCAGUUCCAGCUCCAGUCUGAUGUCCAGUUCCAGCUCCAGUCUGAUGUCUAGUUCCAGCUCCAGUCUGAUAUCCAGUUCCAGCUCCAGUCCGAUGUCUAGUUCCAGUUCCUUCAGUGAUGAAAAUUCAGAAAUUAGCACCCUGUUCUCUGAAGGCAGUGAUGAAAGAAGAUUCUCACCAUACUCAUCAGAAACCUGGGGUGACAGUAGAUCUAUGACCCCAAUAACAUCAGAUGAAAGUGACUCUUGGGCCUCUCUUGAUCAAUUUUUAUUCGUGAAUGAUUAUGAUAACCAUCCAACAGGACUCAGCAAAGCAGAGAUUGACAACUUGGCUAUAAGACCUUUUUCUGAAAAUGAUACAUCGAAAGUCUGUAUAAUUUGUAUUACAGAGUACACAGAAGGCAACAAGCUUCGCAUACUACCUUGCUCCCAUGAAUAUCAUGUGCACUGUAUUGAUCGCUGGCUGUCUGACAACUCUACCUGUCCUAUUUGUCGCAGGGAAGUAGUAGGUUCUGAUUAG